UGAAAAACACAACAAAAAUCCACUACUUGUAUGUUCCCUCCACCGGCCCAGCCAACGACUGCAGCUGCCGGUUUUCCUUAUGCAUCCGUCCGGCCCAUCUCAUGACUCAUGAGGCCCGGAGGACUGCGUUCCAUCGACGGUACCGUAGGCUCCAUCCUCCUCCAAGGCGGCCUUAUGCUCCACCGUCCCCUCCAAGCCAUCCUCCACUCCCGCCCCAAAGCCUACCCUCGGCCCGCAUUCCCCCGUCUCCUCUCUCACGCAUUUCCGCAUCAAACUUUCGUUCAUCUUUCCCUUAUCCCCUUCCUCCUCCCUCCUUCUAGGGUUUGCUCUUGCCGGCACCGGUGUUCCUGUUCCAACACUCUUGGAGCGAGAGAAGGAUCCAGAGAUCCCACCAUCAUGUCUUCAGAGGUCGUGAUCCGAGAUCCAGAAUCAUUGGAGAAGAAGAAGGCCGCAAUCCGGAAUGCCGGCACGAGCAAGCUCCAGGUGAUUGCUGAUUUUGAUGGUACGCUUACAAGGUAUUGGAUCGAUGGUUGCCGCGGCCAGAGCAGCCAUGGGUUGUUGCAGCAGGGGAACCCAGAGUAUGAUGCCAAGAGGCAAGCAUUGUAUGAAUACUAUCACCCAUUGGAGUACUCACCCACAAUACCCAUUGAAGAGAAAACAAAGCUAAUGGAAGAGUGGUGGGAGAAGACACAUGGUCUUCUUAUUGAGGGGGGUCUUACCUAUGAUGCAAUAAAGAAAUCUGUAGCUGGAGCUAGAAUUGCUUUUAGAGAUGGUGUUAUUGAGCUGUUUGAGUUCUUGGAGGGGAAAGGUGUGCCUAUCUUAAUUUUUUCUGCAGGUCUUGCAGACAUUAUAGAAGAGGUCUUCAGACAGAAACUUCAUAGAUCUUUUAAAAACAUCAAGAUCGUUUCUAACAGAAUGGUGUUUGAUGAAAAUGGCCAUCUUAUAGCCUUUAAAGGGAAGACGAUUCAUGUUCUAAACAAAAAUGAGCAUGCCUUGGAUAUGGCUGCUCCUAUUCACGGCAAAUUGGGAGAUCCUAAUGGAUUGGAUAGUGAUAGCAUCUUGGUAAAGAACAGGACCAAUGUACUGCUGCUUGGUGAUCACAUUGGAGAUCUUGGAAUGUCUGAUGGUGUGAACUAUGAAAACCGGAUUUCUGUUGGAUUCCUGAAUGACAAUAUAGAAGAAUCUCUCAAGAAUCAUUGUGAAGCUUUUGAUGUUGUAUAUCUGAAGGAUGCAUCCAUGGAGGGAGUUGUUGAGCUUGUAUCUCACUUAUGCUCACCCAAUUAAUGAUUUCGGUGUCUGAAGUGCAUUUUGGCCUGCUUUAACAUGCUUGUAGUCUUCCCAGUUUACUAAUUAGCUUAGUUUAUAGAAGUUUCUUACAGAAAGUAUGUCCCCAACAUGACAAUGUAAUACUAAAGACUUCAUGGUAUUCAUCAAAAUCUUGGACUCUAAUUUUUUUUUCCAAAGAAUUCUAUUGCUUUGAAUAUUACUUACUUGAGGCAGAAAAACAGGCUGAAGGUCUUCUCCUUUCCCA